UGCCUGGCAGAAUUGCAACAUUUCUCAAAUAAUUCGUAAAAGUAUAUAAAAUGAAGCGAGUGAUAACGGUGUUCUUAGUACUCUGCAGCUUCCUACUGUUGCCAACACAAAGGACAUUGGCACAAGAAGUUUUGCGGGUUGGCGACGAAUAUGGCAAGGAUACGGAGUCACCGGUUUCUGUGAAACAAGAUGUGGAAGAAGAUCCACUAACUGAAGGCCAGCCAACAAAUAGCACUGCCGAUAACCUCAUCGACCUUGAAAAACUAAGAUUCAAGGAAGAAGAUCAAAGCUCAAUUUCAGCCACGCUACAAUCCAAAGAAUCGCUAAGCGAAGAGUCUUCACAACCUCAAGAAUCUUCUUCUUCUGAAGGUCAACUUGAAGGAUCUAUAGAUCAGUUAAAUGAUUCCGACAGUAAAUCAGAGCUUGAAGGUGCAAUUAGUGCAGAUAUUUCUCAGUCAAAUGACUCCGAAACUGCAGCUGAACUUAAAGAUACAACAGUGCCACAGGAUCAAUUAGAAGAUUUAGUUUCAACGGAGACCCAAACAGAGCUUACGACAUUAGCGGAUGGAGAUAUCUCAACUACGCUUCCAACGGCCUCAAAUGAACUAGAGGACUUGGAAGUCAGCUCAGCGCAGGACGAAAGCGACGUUACGGAUGAACCGCUAGAAAAUAAUACGGAACAAAAGACUACAGAAGCGGAGACCGAAAUUGCGGACACCACAACUACUACACCAGUUGCUGCAACGGAAUCGCCCUGUACUGAACCAGCCACAUAUGCCGUAGAGAAUGAUUGUCGCGCCUUUAUCAGUUGCAAACCCACAGCCACCAACCAGCUGAUUAAAACACAAAUGGCUUGUCCUACCGGCCAGGCUUACAACCCGGCGCUGCUGCGUUGUUCGCGUGAUCUCUCGCCAUGCGCCGAUGCAUUGCACUGCGUGCAGGAAGGUACAUUUGCCGAUCCACAAGACAACUCAUCCUACUAUUGGUGUGUGGCAUCUCGACUGACUGAUGCUUAUCACAUUUACCACAUCCAAUGUGGUAAUGGUCAAAUCUAUACACACGAACUAGGUAAAUGUUUCGUUGAUAUGACAAAUCUGCAAGACUUGCCGCUCAAUUACGAACUCUAUAUGAGUAAAUCCCCUGACGAGGAGUGCGUGCGUGAGGAGGUGAAGGUGUUGAAAGCCGAAGAGAAAGCCAAACUGAAAGAAGCGAAGUUGCGAGAAAAAAUACGUAAAAAGUACGAAAAAGAGCUACUAAAGAAGGCGGCCAAAGCAGCAAAGGAACAAGCUAAAUUGCUAGGCAUUUCAUUGGAGGACGAGACACCGUUCAAUUGUGUAGAGGAGGGGAACUUUGCUGCAGCGGCUGAAAGUUUUUUCGAUUACUUUAUUUGCGUGAACAAGAAGGAUAAAUUCAAGGCUAUCGGUAUGAAGUGCGUAGAUGAUCAAAGUUUUUCAACGGCGCAAAAUGUUUGUACGCCUUAGAACAGGAAGUUAAUAAAAUUUAAGUAAAUAUUGUUGUAGUAAAAAAAGUUUAAAAAUAAAUUUUUCUAAUCAAAAGCGUAAUCUCAUAUCCCAGACGAAAUGCCCGUUAUUAGGAAGCAUUUUAAAGCUCUGCUAUCUUCUCUUGUAGCGCUGUCCAGAUUGCGAAUGUGUUGUGCUGAGAGCCAAAGAUAACUACGGAAAGAGAGAGCAUAUGCUUGAUAAUAACUUGAGUUUUGUAUUUUCAUUUUAUUCUUCCUCAUCACCACUUGGCGAAUUUCCAGGUGCUUUAAAAAUUUUGCCUGAUAAAAGAAUACGUUUGUGGGAGAAUAUCAGUACAAAGGCGCAGAGCAUAUAUUGUGUAUGAGUUUAUCGUGAAA